AUGGCUGCGAACUGGCAGAACAUUUCCAAAGAGGCACAGGCCAAUCUGUUGCAGUCAAUUCCCCCGCGGUGGAGGAUUGAUGCAACGUCAUAUGACCACCUCUCGGAUGUUACUCGCGUGCCUCUCACAUGUGGCCUCCUCAGCCCGAGACAGAUCGAGAUUACCGAGCUCACAGUUACAGAACUUGCAGCUUGCAUACGAUCGCGUGCGUUAAGGGCGACUGAGAUCUUGGAAGCCUUUGUCGGACGGGCUGCCAUCGCCCACCAGCUUGUCUUUUGCCUGACAGACUGGUUCUAUGAUGAGGCUUUGGAGCGUUGCAAGGCUCUCGAUGCCAUGCUGGAUAGCGGUGGUGAGCCAAUAGGCCCUUUACAUGGUAUCCCGGUUGCUCUGAAGGAUACCUACAGCGUCAAGGGCCAUGUUACGACACGUGGCUAUGUCAUCAAUAAGGCCGAACCGACCAUAUCGGGUCACGACUCAGACGUUGUGCGAAUCUUGCGGGAAGCAGGCGCCGUCUUUUUCUGCAGGACCGCCAUGCCCCAGACGGGGUUCAUCCUGGAAACUGUCAGCAACCUUUGGGGACGCACGCUCAAUCCCUUCAAUAGGAACCUAGGUGCCGGGGGUAGCUCUGGAGGAGAUGGUGCCUUGGUUGCCAUGAAAGGUUGCCCCAUUGCACCCUCGUCCGACAUUGGCGGCUCUAUUCGCGCACCGGCCGCUUUUAAUGGGCUCUACGCUCUUCGACCUACGGCGAUGCGCGUUCCCAAGAAUCUGUGGGAGGGUACCAUGACUGGGCAGAUGUCCAUCAGGGACUCUGCCGGCCCGGUGUGUCACUCGGUCGAUGACGUCCGUCUCUUUACCCGCCUUUUGGUUGCCAACGAGAAGGCUCGGUACGACACCAAUGCUGUUCCCGUCCCAUGGAGGGAGGUUAAAUUGCCACAAAAGUUAUGCGUCGGUAUCAUGAAGUGGGACCGCGUUGUCAUGCCUCAGCCCCCGGUGCUCAGGGCUAUUGAGCACACCCAGAGAGUCCUCCUGGAAGCUGGAUACGAAGUUGUCGAGUUCGAGCCCCCCUUUGACUGCUGGGAGUUGGUUAAGUGCUUCUUUGACAUUAACUUUCAAAUGGGAGGGCAAGACACCAUCGUCAGAGUUACCGAUGCCGGAGAACCUCUUGUUCCAGCCUUUGCCGACCUCCUGAAAGUAUACAGCGCCAUGUCUCUCACUGCCUCUGAGUCUAUGCAGCUUAACCUCAAGAUGAGAGCCUUCAAAGUUCAAUUUGCGAACGCUUGGGACAAGACAAAGGACUCGACACCCACCGGCCGUCCAAUCGACGCGCUCAUCUGUCCCGUCGCCCCGUCGGCCGGCAUUCCUCACGACUUCAACAUUUACUGGGGAUACACUUGCAUGUGGAACCUCCUCGAUUAUCCUUCGACUGUGUUGCCGAUCCCGAACUUCAAGAUUACCUCAGAGACGGACCCUCCCGACCUGGCUUACCAUCCUUUGACGACGAAUCCAUACGACAAGGCCAACCAUGAAAUGUACAACCCCGCGCUCUUCUCGAACCAGCCGUCGACUAUUCAAAUCGUGGGGAGGCCAUUUGAUGACGAAGAGCUCAUUGAGAUCACUGCUGCAAUUGACGAGCAGCUACGAAGCAAAGAUAUAAUCUCCCCCAAGCUAUAG